ACGCUCAUGUGAACACUGUCCCGCGGAGGCGCAAACCCUGAGAUAAAUUCCCCAUACGUUUCAAGUUGAGAUGACAUUGACGACAUUUCACCAUGUCGACUUCAAUUGACCUGAUCAAUCAAGCUCCUGAAGGAACAAAACUAUGGGCCCUCCAUCUCGGCAACCUCGAGUGCGACGAAGGAUGGUUCAAACGCGCGGCAGGUGCCUCCAAACUUUCCGACCCUAAUCCGCCACACCAACGCCGCAAACUCAUCAUGCUUUCCUUCCUCAUUGAGCAUCCCACAUUCGGGCUCAUCCUUUAUGAAACGGGCGCCGGGCCUGACUACCCUGAAGUCGUUGGCCCGCAAGUCAACGACGUAUUCUCGCGCGUGGAAUACGAUUCCUCCAUGGACCUGGACGCGCAGAUCAAACUGACCGGCCAUGACAUUAAGGAUGUCAGGAUGGUGAUUAUCGGACACCUACAUCUCGACCACGCAGGUGGAUUAGAUCCAUUCCGGAACUCAGGUGUGCCUGUGUACGUGCACGAACUCGAGUUAAAGUACGCGUUCUACGCCGUCGCCACAAAAUCCGAUCUUGGCGUCUAUCUCCCACACUACCUCACCUUUGAUAUAAAUUGGGUACCAUUUCAUGGCUCCUAUUUUGAAGUCGCACCGGGAUUAAAUUUACAUCAUUCACCCGGCCAUACCCCCGGAUUGGCGGUUCUGCAGGUCAAUAUGCCAAAGAGUGGGACAUGGAUUUUUACAAGUGAUCAGUACCAUGUGAAGGAGAAUUAUGAGGAUGAUGUUCCACAGGGGUGGUUAGCGAGGGAUCAUGAUGCCUGGGUGAGGAGUCAUCAGAUGAUUAAGUCGUUGGCGAGAAGGACGUCGGCGAAGGUAGUGCUAGGGCAUUGUUGGGAUACCGUAAGGGCGAUGGGGUUGAAGUUCGCUCCAGAAGGGUAUGAGUAGGCAUCUCUUGGCAGGGGGGUGGAAUUUUGGCAAAGGGUU